AUGUCUACCUCUCUUGUUGAUGCGAAUGCUAAUAUGUCAACUCCAAUGAGCAUGAAAAACAAUCACUCUGAAGGUUUCAAAAAUACCAGACCUGGCCACAUUCGUAACAACCCCGGUGCAAUUGUAUUGGCCGAUAAUGAGGAAGUGGUUCAGAAGGAAAAAAGAAGGAGACCUUCAAUUCGUUGCGGUUGUAAUGCAUAUCUCCUAGUUAAAAAGAUAAAUGGUAAUCAGUAUCAGGUUGAUCAGUUUGAGGAGAAACACAAUCAUAGCAUGGUUGACAACAACGAUGUUCAAUUUCUAAGAGCUCAUCGUCAACUGACAUAUACUCAAAAGGAUUUAUUGCAUAAAAUAUCUCAUGCAAAUCUUGGUCCCGUCAAGGGCUUUAAAUUAUUGAAGCAUAUGUAUGGUAGUUUUUCCAACAUUGGGGCAACUGUGGAAGACUGCAAAAAUUUUCGCAAGGAUAUGCAAAAAUUUAUUGGAGAUCGAGAUGCCCAAAUGGUGGUUGAAAAGUUACUUAGUAAGAGAGAUUUCAACCCUGGUUUCUCAAUGGAUUAUUUGACUGAUAGCUCAAACAAACUGAUUGGUUUGUUUUGGGCUGAUGAAGAAUCAAAACGCAGCUACUUCACAUUUGGUGAUGUCGUAUCCUUUGAUGCCACGUUCGACUCGAACAAGUACAAAAUGGUUUUCGUUCCGUUUACCGGUAUUGACAAUCAUAAUCGGUGUGUGACAUUUGGUGCUGGCUUGAUAUCUAAGGAAGACUUGGUGUCGUAUAACUGGUUGCUUGAGAGUUUUUUAAAAGCUUUUGGGAAACCACCUAAGAUUGUUGUUACGGAUCAGGACUUAUCAAUGAAAUCAGCUAUUAAGGAAAUUUUCCCCGACUCUAGACACCGCUUGUGUAUGUGGCACAUCAUGCAAAAAUUAUCCACAAAGCUGACGAAUGCUAACCUUACUCUAGUUGAAUUCUUGAGCCAUUUUGAGACCGCCAUGGAUGUGCAAAGAUACAAUCAGUCGAAGCAUGACCACGAGUCACGUUAUACUACUCCUGAUUUUAAAACAGAACUUCUGAUGGAAAAACAUGCUGCUCAUAUUUUCACUCGCACAAUUUUUUUUGAUAUCCAAGAUGAGAUGCAUCGUGCACUCAUGCACUGCCACUCAUAUAAUGUCAAAGAUGUUGAUGAUUUCAAAAUGGUUGAAGUUCAUGAAACGAAAGAGGAUUCUAAGAAGAAAGAAAAUGAAAUUGAUGAACCUCCUGUGGAGAAAAAACUACAUACAUACAAUGUACUGUUCAGAAAAUCUGAUGUUACAGUUUCAUGUUCUUGCAAGAGAUAUGAAUCGUAUGGUCUUCUGUGUCGUCAUGUUUUCCUUGUUCUAAAGAUGUUCAACAUCAAAUCAUUUCCAAACAAGUAUAUACUACGACGUUGGACACGAGAAGCAUUGCCUCCCAAAUCCGAUGAAUCCAAGAACAAAGUGCAACAACUUUCGCAACAAUCAGCAGAGACAGACUCUACUAUUCGGGCGAUAUUUUACUCGGUUGAAUACACUAUUAACCGGUUGGUUGGGGAUAUGGACAAGUUAUCAAUGUAUGGUGACACACUUAAGCAACUGAUGAAGCAGGCUGAUUCUGAUGUACCUAUCCCAUUAGCAGAAGACAAGAAUGCAAUGAUGAGCUCGAUGCUUGGUGUCACAGAACCAAAAAAAGUUGAUGUGGAAAAUCCUGACAAAUCUAAGAAUAAAGGAUCUGGACAACAUAAGAGACUGAAAUCUGGAAAGGAGAUAUCGAUGAUCAAGUCUCAGAAGAUACCAAGGACAUGCGGAAACUGUGGUAAAAAGGAAGGGCACAACAUCAAGACAUGUCCACACAAGCCUGCUGCAUCAACAUCAUAG